AUGCUACCUGGAUUCCUGCAGAGUAGCUACGUUCGCUACAAAGCAGAUACCGAUACCUUCGCAACAUGGCUACUAGAGACUGCCAACAAAUGUGGCUAUCAGCCUACCCUUUCUGCUACCAUUGCUACGACGAACAAGAUUGCCAGUUCCUCUCUGACUGUGCUGAAACCAGUCCUCACCAUUGCCAAUCGCGCCAUACAUUUGAGGGAAACGGUCACUUCAUGGUUCUUGGGUCGUGGCGACAUCGCUAAUAAUAAGCGCCAUGCUCAUUUUAUCACUGCGCUGGAGCAAAUUUGCGACACCCUUGAAUGGAAGACCGCUCAGCCCUUUAGGACAGAUGCUAAACAGUCACAAUCAAUGCCUGAGAAGGUUGUCAAGGUCACGGUUGUGGAGGACGAAAACGAGGCGGCCGACUCCUAUCUUGAUCACUUGUUCUUCAAGACCCUAAUCGACCUUAUGAACGCCGUUCUCAUGACGGACAGUGCUUUGCACCUUGCCCGAGAUAUGGUGAAGGAGGUAGAGGCUGACUGGCUUUCUACUCGCCCGCCGGCGAGAAAUGAUGUUCAGACACUUGUUUACAAUCUCUCCAUGAUAAACCGGGACGUCUCCGCAGCUCCAUCCACGGAGGUUGGCCUUCCAUACAACAAGAAUAUGGCUGAUGUUCUGCUUGACGCCAUUGCUAAUGUCCUCCACGACAAUCAUCAGCCAGUCUUCAAAAAGGGCUAUUUCGGUACCUAUAAUCCAAAGGCGGACAAGGAGCGAAUGUCUAACAAAAAUGUUACUCUAUGGUUAUGCUUUGCCUCCCAGAUCUUCCUCGACAUCCAUUACAUCAUGCGACACAAUCCCCUGAGUGCCUUUGGAGACCUUCGGAUGUCGGGACUGCGCAUCCAGAAGGAGGGCGACGAGGAGAUUCGAGGUAUCAGUUCUACUCUGGACUCCUGGAUUAUACAAGACGCGUUCCUCAAUUUUCGGGUCCUGUCUGGCCUCAAGAAAACCGGAUCACCGCCUGAGAAGCAUGCACUUUUAUCGCAGCACUCUAUCCUCUGCGGACUGAUUUUAUUCCACCUCAAUCAGCUUGUCACCCAAUGGUAUGACGUCCAACAGCUGGCUUUCUUGCACAAUCUCGUUAUCAGUUAUGCUACGCACGAGGACGUGAGAUGGCCCGAUAUGGAUGCUUUUAUCAAGAUCCAUGGCGAGUCUCAUAUCUUCAUCGGUUCGCGGCCCAAGAACGCCGUAAAACCUUUCAUAAACCGGAUGGCAAGAAACCCGCGCUUGCUCAAGCCCCCCACUGCAGUUGCGAACUUGUUCUCCCUCAAGUACUUUGAGUGUCUCGCGGAAGAUGUCGGGAUCGUCAACAUUGACCGAAUCCUGAACGAGCUCUCACAAAGGUCCAAGCUUGAAUCCUCAUCUUGCAAGGAGCUCAACAGAGCUAAUGCGGAGCUCUCGAUUGCCCAGAAGUGGUCUACUACCCGCAAUAUCGACACACUCCAUCUUUUAGCCUUUUUGAAGACCAAGCUUUACGGAGAGGAGCCUGUCAUCUUGCACAACUACUUCGGCAUGCACAAACGUUCCAUCGACUUAUUCCGAGAGAGAGAGCAUCACAAAUUUGUUCAGUAUUUUACAGCCGGGUACAUGCCUGAUGAGUCCUUCAUCUCCAAUAUUGUCCUCCUCAUCCACCAUGUCGCGCGAGGCUCGGCGCAAAACGCACGUUCAAUGGGACUUGGAUCAGGGGACGUGGAGUUAGUGAGUCGUAUUGUUAUGAGCUCUGGCGACGUCAUGCGUGAAUACCUGAAGAAAAAUGGUGAUGUGGCAUGCAAGGAGCUGAGGGUGUUUUGCAAGAACAAAAAGCCCAUUCAAGAUGAGAUUGCUGAUUAUGCGGGCGAAUCGGACGGGCUGGUGACGUCUUGGCUGCACCUUGAGGAUGUUCUGGGUCCGAAGGGCGUGGCCUCGCUUAUGACCGGGAUCCCGAUGGCCUAG